AUGGUGGUUCCUAUUAGUUGGGAUCGAGCAUUCAUCAGCGUUUUAAUAAUCUCGAUUUAUUCUUAUCACGCAUUAGGUUUGUCUUUCGAGAUUAAAAAAUCAGAGGCAGCUCAUCGCGACCACACAGCGAUAUCAGAGUUUCGAUUAGUCAACAGAAGAGAGCUUCGUCAGUGUAAUGACCCGAACCCCUAUCUUGAAAUAACUGUGGGCCCGAAUUCGAAACUUGCUGACGAACAAUUCAUCUCGGUCACGGUUAGUGGUGUCUUGUUUCCCAAUAAUCAAGAUUGGAUUGGCAUGAUUUCUCCCUCAAGUUCCAACAUUUCGACUUGUCUUCUUAGUAAAUUACAGUAUGCCCAAACGGGUGACCUAAGUAACCUCCCUCUUCUCUGUCAUUAUCCUGUUAAGGCACAAUUUGUAAGUAAAGAUCCAGACUAUUUAAGCUGUAAAAAUAAAGUAUGCCAAAGAGGCAAUAUCAAUAAGAAUUGCCUGGUCAGAACAUGCAACGGGACGGUGUCGUUUCACGUCGUAAACAUCAGAACCGACAUCGAAUUCGUCUUCUUUGGCUCGGGCUUCACCACGCCAUGUAUACUCAAACGAUCGUCUCCAUUGAGCUUUGCCAAUCCAAACAAGCCCUUGUAUCCACAUCUAUCUAGCCUUGAUUCAUCCGCUACUAAAAUGAGAUUAACAUGGGUGAGUGGAGAUAAUAAACCUCAGCAAGUUCUGUACGGUAAAAACAACUUAAAAGCCAUUUCACAAGUUACCACAUUUUCAAAGAACGAUAUGUGUUCGUCGGCAUUGGCAAGCCCGGCGAAAGAUUUUGGGUGGCAUGAACCGGGAUUCAUCCAUACGGCGGUUAUGAACGGGCUAACUCCGUCGACCGCCAACAGCUACAAAUUUGGCGGUGAUUCGGUUGGGUGGAGUGAAACAAUCAAAUUCAAAACACCACCAGCAGGAGGAUCAUCGGAGUUGAAAUUUCUUGCAUAUGGAGACAUGGGUAAGACUCCUUUGGAUGAAUCGGUGGAGCAUUAUAUUCAACCAGGGGCGGUUUCUGUGGUGAAAGCAAUGGUGGAAUUAGAAUCGGAAAAUGUGGAUUCAGUAUUCCAUAUUGGUGAUAUAAGUUAUGCUACUGGUUUUCUUGUUGAAUGGGAUUUCUUUCUCAGCCAAAUCACUCCUUUGGCUUCUAAACGAUCUUACAUGACUGCAAUCGGUAAUCAUGAAAGAGACUACGCCUCCUCCGGUUCAGUAUACCAAACUCCCGACUCCGGAGGUGAAUGCGGCGUUGCUUAUGAAACUUAUUUCCCUAUGCCGACUCCGGGUAAGGAUAAACCUUGGUAUUCAAUUGAACAAGGCCCUGUUCAUUUCACAGUCAUAUCCACCGAGCAUAAUUGGAACCAGUCUUCAGAGCAGUAUAACUGGAUGAAAAACGACAUGGCGGCUGUGAAUAGAUCUAGAACACCUUGGUUAAUUUUCACCGGGCACCGACCCAUGUAUUCUUCUACUCCUGGAAUCUUGGGUUUAGCAGUAGAUCAGCAUUUUGUCAAUACCGUGGAACCUCUCCUAUUGAAUGCCAAGGUUGAUUUGGCGUUGUGGGGUCACGUGCAUAACUACGAGAGAACAUGUGCGGUUUAUGAGAAAGUGUGCAAAGCGAUGCCGAAGAAAGACAGACAAGGCGUGGACGUUUACAAUGGCUUCACCUACACAGCUCCUGUUCACGCUGUUAUCGGAAUGGCAGGAUUCAAUCUCGACUCUUCCUCUGCUUCUGGUGCAGGGUGGAGUUUGGUAAGAAAAUCUAAAUAUGGUUACUCAAGAGUGCAUGCUACAAAAACAGAUUUAACCCUAGAGGUUUGGUUUACUUCUUUGCUGUUUAAAUGAUUUUAUAAUAGCAAGCAUUUUUGAGUUUAUAUGUUUUCUUUGUGGUAUUUUGCAGUAUGUGAAUGCAAUCACGCGAAAAGACGAAGAUAUAUUUCGGAUCACAAAAAAUCGCAACUAAGUUAGAGGUUGAAACAUACAAAUACAAGUAUAGUGGGAAAAAAUCAUUUAAGAAGUAUUUGAGUUGUUUCUUCUAUAGAAUUAGAGAUUAAACUUCUCUUAUUAUGUUGUAGUGUUUUUU